AUGCCGUCCUCCAUACGUAUAGCCCUCGAACGACGAAAUGUGGCUACAGAGCACCGCCCAGAGCUGCAAGCGAAAUUUAUGGGGCUAUUCGACCUGCUCGUAAAGCAGAAGCCCACUCGAUCUUGGAUUUGCAGAAAGAUGGUUUAUCCAGGGGAUCGACAGGCCCUCGGGGCACGCCUUGAGGCUUCCGCCCUUUCUCCCAUCAAGAUAUGCCUGUACCCACACGAGGCAUUUUUAGCCCUCAUGGCCGAUGGCGCGAGGAUCAUUCCUUGGGCGCUUCAGAAAGAAAAGCAAUACGGGCUUGCUCGUGUCUGGCAGCCAGCCAACAUUGUAGAUGAGCUGCCCCCCUGCAGGCGCACAGCAACACCACCAGCAGGCCGUGGACCGACUGAUCCUGACGCCUUACCGUUUACCCCUGCUCUCCAUCUUCGGGGCAGUCCCGGGGCCCCUUUUUCCCCCCCCGGUUACUUCUGGCAUCGCUGGCCGUCACUGGUUCGCCUCGUAUGA